UGCAGGUAGAGACACACAUAGAUAGUAAAAUUUGUAGAAAUGAGACAAGCUGAUGGCAGCGUGCGCACAUUUACUAUGAGUGUGUCACUGGACCAUCCUCUUCGCACCAACAAGAAAAACUAACAAAAAAUGUGAAAAAUGUGAACGUCAGUUUGAGAUAUUUACAAGUCUAUUUUUGAUUGAAUUUCUACUUUACAUUAUUCCAACGAAGUACAUUCGGUGUUCGAUACGUUCCAAUAUCCCUAAGGAAAUGCUCUAGCAUACGAAUUAUUCAUAGAAACUCGUAUUCAUCGCGAAAAUGGAGAUAAUAUUUCAUGAAAAGCAAGAGGGUUCGCUAUGCGCUCAGCACUGUCUAAAUUCCUUACUCCAAGGCGCCUACUUCACACCUGUUGACCUGAGCACUCUGGCACUCAAUCUUGAUGAAGCUGAGAGAUUACGUAUGGCAGAGUGUGGUGAAGAAAGUGAUGAGUAUCGCCGAUUUCUUGCACAGCCUUCAGGCAAUAUGGAUGACAGUGGGUACUUCAGUGUGCAGGUAAUCAGCAGUGCACUGCAGGUAUGGAAUCUGGAAUUAGUGCCUUACUCCAGUACAGAUCAACGUGUCAAGCAUGUCUUCACAAAUCCAUGUCAAAUGAAUGCUUUCAUUUGCAACUACAAAGAUCACUGGUUCACCAUUCGCAAGUUGGGUCAGCAAUGGUUCAACCUGAAUUCUCUACUUGACAAACCGCAAUUGAUAUCCGACACAUAUUUAAGCUGUUUUCUGGCACAAUUAAAAAAUGAAGGAUAUUCAAUAUUUGUUGUGUUUGGAACAUUGCCUGAUUGUGAAGCCGAUAGAGUACUGAAGAGUGCACCGAUUGUUGCAAGCGCACUCCAGCAACCACGCGAUCAAUCGCAGCGACUGCCAUCAACAAGCUCAUACGAUGACGAUCCGGACAUGCAAGCCGCAUUGCAACUGAGCCUGAAUGAGGUUGAUACACGUGACACCAGUGCCAAUUUAAAUAAAAGUAAGAACUUAAACAGUAGUGAUGCAGAUUUACAAAAAGCGAUUCAGAUGAGUUUAGAGGCUGGUACAUUUGAUGUCGAUGUCGGUGUCGAUAUUGAUGAGGAUGAGGCUGCGUUAAAGAAGGCGAUUCACAUGAGCUUAGAAUGUUAACUAUUACACAAUUAUUGAAUUGCACAAUUAUUAACAAAUAUGUGGACCUCACAACUAUCAUACAACUUAAUACAUUCGUUAUUUGUUCAAGCUCAAUGUUAAUCUGUUUGCGGCCACAUAUUUUUGGAAUCAAAUGAAAAAUUUAAAGUAUACCAAGUGUGUAAUAUCAUCACGUAUACAUUGCAGCUCUAGAACGCCGAGCUACUGAUUGAAUAUUGAAAAAUUUGAUGAUUGCCAUCGAAGUUGCGAUUUGAAAAAAUGAUUAUCUUCAACAUUAUACAACACUACUUUUUUGUUUACAUUCAAGUCGAUAUAAAAUAUUUAACUGUUUGUACUGCGUUUUAACUAAUCUGCAUUACUUGUCAAUUAAUGCUCCUGUUAUCAUUUCAAUUCGUUUAAUCUAGUGUUUAGUUUGUGCAAGUGAGUACACAUGAAAAUAUUUUGUUUUGUGUUAUGUGUGUUUUAAAAUAAAUUAUAUUUUUGUUAUAA